UCCGCUUUGCCCACCAGGAUUCAUAAAGCGGUGCGCUGACAAUAAAAAGGGGGCCUCCUUGGUUUGGGACUUGGGGUAUGUUGUCUGUUUUGUUCGUUCAACAGCGCGUCUGCCUCUACACAGUGGCAGCAACGCUAAGCAUCACUGUUACCUUACAAUUUCAUGUUUGUUCGUCCGAAGUCUAUUUUCUACUUAGAUGGAACAUUUUCUUUGUUCUGUCUCAUUCUCAGACGACGCCAACCUUCCCAAUGGUCUCCGCCUGCAUGGGCCACUGGGGCUUCUGGCAAGCUUGGGUGGCCACGCUGGCUGCCAGGGGGUUAACCUGGCUGCUGCUGUACUUCUGGGCGUCAGAAAUAUACAGAGAGCAGCAGCCGGGUAUACCCCAGACAGCCGAGGCCAUCUACGGCUGGCGCUGCAGGAUUGUGGCUUACGCCGAUACAGUGGCGUCCACUGCGCUCGCCUCCUUGCCGGUAUUCGGCCCCUAUGAGUAUGCGGAGGCCCAUGCUGUGCUGGCUGCGGUCGUCAUGGUGGUGACGCUGUGCGUCCUUGCAGCAGCUACGUACCUGAAGGUCAUGGUGGAGAACGACGAUGGGACCCCUCAAUACUAUACCACCAUUUCGUCCAUUAUCAACUACGGAGAUGCAGCGAAGUACUUCUUCACGGCCUUUAUUUUGCACACCCUUACCCACGGAUGUCACCUGAUAAACAUAAUGGCGACCGUGUUACAAUGGCCAUUGCCACAAAAGCAGCUCCAGAGUAUAUGGCGCAGAAUACUUAUGAUGACGUCAGCGGCUGUAGAGACGGUAUCUCUACCACUGAUAGCCGUCUACAGAAGUGAGCAGACGCAGCAGCACCUUUUCAUCACAGCUGUAUACGCGAUGACAUCCCUGGCUACAAUGUCCCUGUUCUUCAUCGAGCAAAGUGCAGUCCGGGGCCCAUUCAAGGUCCGGUGCAGGCGUCAGUCUUCAACGAAGGGGCGAGCGUGACCAUCUUCGCCUUCGGGCUUUUGUUUAUGGGAGUCGCAUUCAACCUGCAUGUUUCUGAGCGCCCAUAUUGUGCAGGCGUCAGUCUUCAUUGAAGGGGCGUGCGUGACCAUCUACGCCUCCGGGCUAUUGUUUAUGGCAGUUCCAUUUAGGCUGCAUGUUUCUGG